GACUGCUUCAGCAUGGAGUUAUGAUGGAAUGGAUAUGAAUAUGAGCCAGUGGGAAGGCAUUCGAGCCCCUCAUCUCCGCCUGGCCUUGCUGCUGCUGUUGGUAUUCUUGAAGUCACCACUCUGCAACAGUCAGAACACCCAUGGGGCUCCUCAAGAUGAAUCUCACUUCAGCUUCACUCAGCCUGUCUACCAUGCCACAAUUUAUGAAAACUCAGCAGCACGCACCUAUGCCAACAGUAAAAUUAAAAUGGGCAUCCACCUCGCCCAGCACUCCUGGGAGAUCCGCUACAGAAUCACCUCAGGUGACGAUGACGGUUUUUUCAAGGCAGAGGAGUAUGUACUCGGAGACUUCUGUUUCUUACGCAUAAGGACUAAAGGUGGUAAUGCCGCCAUAUUGAACCGAGAGAUUCAGGAUAAUUAUGUAUUGACAGUGAAAGCUUCUGUCAAGGGAGAGGCUCUUCUUGAGACCUGGACUAAAGUCAGUAUUCAGGUUUUGGAUAUGAAUGACCUCCGGCCCUUGUUCUCUCCUACCACAUACUCCGUCACCAUAGCAGAGAGUACCCCUCUCAGAACUAGUAUAGCACAAGUUACUGCCACAGAUGCGGAUAUCGGUUCCAAUGGAGAGUUUUACUAUUUUUUCAAGGAAAAAACUGAACUGUUUGCUGUACACCCAACUAGUGGAGUGGUUACUCUCAGUGGAAGGCUUAAUGUCGAUGAGCAGAACCGUUAUGACUUAGAAAUUCUAGCGGUGGACCGUGGCAUGAAGCUUUAUGGAAAUAAUGGUAUCAGCAGCACAGCCAAACUUUUUGUCCAUGUAGAGCGUUUAAAUGAACAUGCUCCACUCAUGAAUGUCCUCACCCACAGCCCCUCAUGGCUGGAUAAAAAUCUUGUGUAUGCAGUGGUUACUGUUGAGGACCAAGAUGAAGGCUUAAAUGGAGAAAUAGAUUCCUUGGUCAUUGUAGGAGGAGAUCCGUCAGAGCAGUUUUUUGUUGACAGAACUAAAGAAGGAGAGUUUGCUAUUAAAGCCUUUGAGUCAAUAAGUCAAACGUACCCUUAUGGCUGUAAUCUUAGCUUGCAGGCUAAAGACAGGGGCACCCCACAGAAGUUAUCUGCUGUUGAAGUCAUCCAAAUCAAGGUCGAAAAACAUCAAAAUUCAGAUGCUAAAUUUAUGCAAGAGUUGUAUGAUGUCAGUUUAAAUGAAAUUUCACCUCCAGGUACACUUGUAGUGGCUGUUAAAAUCACACCAGAACCUGAUGAUGCAGAAUAUAUCUUAACAACCUCUGCGGAUUCAUCCUUUUUUCAAAUGAAUACCCUAACGGGUGUAAUCUCUACUGCUCGCUGGUUCACUCAGGUGUUCCAGGAUGUCUUUAAUCUUGAAGUAGUGGAAAUGGAUAGUAAUCUCAAAGUUAAAGUGAGGGUAACCAUUGAGGAUGCCAAUGAUCACACACCAACAUUUGCUCAGUCCUCUUAUGAGGUUUUUGUUAAUGAAAGUGUACCAGUUGCAACCAGUGUAUUAACAAUUUCUGCAGUUGAUAAAGAUAAAGGUGAAAAUGGAUACAUAACUUACAGCAUUUCCAGUCUUCAGCCAUUACCCUUUAAAAUCAAUCAGUUUUCUGGUGUUAUAAGCACUACUGAAGAGCUGGAUUUUGAAUCCUCAUCAGAAAGCUUUAUGUUCAUAGUCAGAGCAUCUGACUGGGGGUCUCCUUACAGACGAGAAAGUGAAGUCAAUGUAACAAUCCAUCUAGAAAAUGUAAAUGAUAAUCAGCCAUUGUUUGAGAAGGUAGCAUGCCAGGGGAUUAUUCCUGAGGAUUUUCCAGUAAAUGAAGUUAUUACUACAAUGUCUGCAAUUGAUAUAGAUGAAUUAGAGUUAGUGAAAUAUAAGAUUAUUUCAGGUAACGAACAGGGGUACUUUGACCUCAACCCAGAUUCAGGGGUUCUUGCACUGCAGCAUUCUCUCUCAAGAGCCCAUCCAAAGAGUGGUUUAUUUAGUUUAAAAAUAACUGCCACUGAUGGUGAGAGCUUUUCGGAUCCUAUGUUUGUCAAUAUCUCAGUUGUUUAUGGAAAAUCUUCUUCCAAACGUUUCACAUGUAAAGAAACAAAUGUGGCUCAAAAAUUAGCUGAAAAGUUACUGAAAAAGUCCAAAGCUAGCAAUAAACCUAAAAUUGAGGAAGGUUUUAUUGACCUUUUUUCUGUGAAUCGGCAGACACCCCAGUUUGACAAAACAUUUCCCACAGAUAUUACUGUGCAGGAAGACCUUAAGGUAGGCUCAAGUGUUUUCAAUGUGAAUGCCUAUGAUGGGGACACAGGUUUCAAUGGUCAAAUUCUAUACUCUAUUUCAGAUGGAAAUAUUGAUAACUGUUUUACCAUUGACAUACAGACGGGACUUAUCAGUGUGUUCCUACACAUGGACAGAGAAAAAAGAGAUCGCUAUCUCCUCAACUUAACUCUCUAUGACCUUGGCCUUCCACAGAAAAGUUCCUGGCGGUUGCUUACUGUCUAUAUAGAAGAUGCAAAUGAUAAUGCACCCCAAUUUUUGCAAGAAGGAGGCUUUAGAAUUGUCAUACCUGAAAACCUAGCCAUAGGUACUGACGUCAUCCAGGUUGAGGCCAUUGACAAAGAUCUUGGGCCCAAUGGCGAGAUUGUAUACUCUCUUUUGACAAGCACCACUCAGUUUGGUAUCAAUUCCACUAGUGGGAUAUUAUAUGUUGCUGGCCAACUAGACAGGGAGUUUGUCUCUACGUUUAACCUAAAAAUUGAGGCUCGGGACAAAGCGGAGAAAGGAAGCCAGAAGUUUUCUGUAACCACACUGAAAAUCAUUUUGGAGGAUGUAAAUGACUGUCCUCCACUAUUUAUCCCUGCUGUGUACAGAACCAGGGUUCUGGAGGAUCUCCCAGUAGGAACAGUUGUAGCCUGGUUAGAAACUCUGGAUCCAGAUUUGGGGUUGGGAGGCCAGGUUCGGUACUCCCUAGCCAGUGAUUAUAAUGGAUGGUUUGAAGUAGACAGGGCAAAUGGAGUUAUUCGACUCACAAAGGAGCUGGACUAUGAGACACAGCAGUUCUACAACCUUACUGUAAAGGCCAAAGACAAAGGAAGGCCUGUUUCUCUUCUUUCUGUUACCUUUGUGGAGGUGGAGGUUGUAGAUGUGAAUGAAAACCUCUAUGCCCCAUACUUUUCUGAUUUUGCUUUGACUGGAUUAGUUAAAGAAAAUGCCCGGAUUGGAACCACUCUACUCCAGGUCACAGCUAAUGAUGAUGAUGCUGGCAGAGAUGGAGAAGUUCAGUACUCCAUUCGAGAUGGGAGUGGGCUUGGAAGAUUUGCCAUAGAUGAAGAGACAGGCGUGAUCUACACCACUGAUAUGUUGGACCGAGAGAGCAAGGACUCCUAUUGGCUAACAGUUUAUGCCACCGACCACGGUGUGGUUCCUCAGUUCACCAGUAUUGACGUAUUUAUCCAGGUGGAGGAUGUUAAUGACAACGCCCCGUUGACUUCUGAACCUCUGUACCGAACCUCAGUGCCUGAGAAUUCUCCACGUGAUGUUUCUGUAAUCCAGAUCGAGGCUCAAGAUCCUGAUGCCACACUCUCCACUACUGCUGAGAGGCUCAACUACCGCAUUAUUAGUGGAAACCCACAGAAUUUCUUCACCGUCAAUACCCGCACUGGUCUGAUCACCACAACCUCCAGGAAACUGGAUCGUGAACAACAAACAGAGCAUAUUUUAGAGGUGUUGGUGUCAGAUGGUGGCCCUAAUCCCAAGCAAAGUACUGUUUGGGUGAUAGUUCAAGUCCUGGAUGAAAACGACAACAAGCCCAUAUUUCCUGAGAAGGUGUAUCAAGUCAAACUUCCAGAGAGGGAGCGUAGAAAGAAGGGAGAACCAAUCUAUCGGGUGUUUGCCUAUGACCGUGAUGAUGGGCCAAACUGUGACCUCUCCUACAGCAUUGUGGAUGGCAAUGAGGAUGGGAAGUUCUUCAUCGACCCCAAGACAGCAGUGGUAUCUUCACGCAAGGCCUUCAGUGCAGGGAGCUACGACAUCCUGACUAUCAAAGCAACAGACAAUGGACGUCCUCAGAAAUCCUCCACAGCGCGACUCCACAUUGAGUGGAUCCGCCGACCGCCAGCUCUCACUCUACCGCUGAUUUUUGAUGAACCAUUCUACAAUUUCACUGUGAUGGAGAAUGACAGGGUGGCUGAGAUUGUGGGUGUGGUAUCUAUGCAGCAGAGCUCCACCCCUUUGUGGUUUGACAUCACAGGUCCCAGGUCUUUCCGUGAGAUGUUCUAUAUUCUGCAGAGCACUUGUGGCAGGAACUGUUCCUCAGAAGGUGGGAACAGUGACAGUGUGUUUGAUGUAGCGAAGACUGUGGGCACCAUCAUCAUUGCCAAACCUCUUGAUGCUGAACAGUGCUCCUUCUACAACAUGACAGUGCAGGCUACAGAUGGCACCAAGACUGCAUAUACCCAG